UCGGCAGCAAGCAAGAGACACCUGAACGAAAAAAACGAAAGACACGGCAAAAUCGGGCCGAAUAAAGUGAAUUCCAUGAUAAAGCGAAACGGAAUACAAGUGAAGUGCUAUCGAUACGCCAGAACAAGGGCGAAGAGCUAAAGAAGCCGCGACCGGAAUCCCCUAAAGAACCGUCGCGCCUCCACAAUCCAAAAGACCGAACCCGAACCGUCAAAAUUACUUACUAUUACCCUCCGAUUUCGUGCGGCGCGUGCAACCAGAGCGAGGACAUCAUGCUCUUAUCCUACCGAUGCAUCUACUCGGUGCUGCUGUCCACCAUAGCCAGUAUUAUGGUGGUCCUCAGCUCUGCAUCCUCCGGCUCCAUGCAGCUGCCCACCGUUCGCAAGUGCGGCGGUGGCGUCAGCUCCACGGGAGCAGCCCACACUAUGGCCAUGAACUUGGCGGCCUACGGGCUGCUGGAGAAUCGGAUUAGCACUCUGGAAGCACCGCGACAAACGCACUGGAGCAAGAAGUUCCUGGCCAAGCGGGAAGCGACUCCACACUCAGCGCCCUAUGUGGUCAGCAUCCAGAUGAUGACGCCGGCAGGACUGGUCCACUACUGUGCCGGCACUGUGAUCAACGAGCACUGGAUCCUGACGGCGGCCCACUGCCUCAGUUCACCGCAGGCGGGAAAUUCCGUCAUUGUGGCGGGCAGUCACGACAUCCACGAUCAGAAGGGAGAGGCGACCAACAUCCAAAUGCGACACAUCGACUACUACGUGCGCCAUGAGCUUUAUCUGGGCGGAGUGAAUCCCUACGACAUUGCUCUCAUCUACACCAGACCACUGGUCUUCGACGACUAUGUCCAGCCAGCCACGUUGCCGGAGCAGGAUGCUCAGCCGGAGGGCUAUGGAACUCUUUACGGCUGGGGCAAUGUCUCGAUGACGGCGGUGCCCAACUAUCCACAUCGCCUGCAAGAGGCCAACAUGCCCAUCCUGGACAUGGAGCUCUGCGAACAGAUCCUCGCCCGCUCCGGCCUCCAGCUGCACGAAACCAAUCUGUGCACUGGUCCACUGACGGGUGGCGUUAGCAUCUGCACCGCCGACUCCGGCGGUCCGCUGAUCCAACAGUGCUGCGAGGAGCACUUCGAACGGGCCAACAUCGUCAUUGGCAUCGUGUCCUGGGGCAAGAUGCCCUGCGGCCAAAAGAACGCCCCCUCGGUCUUUGUCCGUGUCUCUGCUUUUACUGACUGGAUCAAUGAGGUCAUCAGCACGGCCACCCGGAUCAUUUAGGAUGAUCAUUGGAAAGGAAUGAGCGCUCGAAUGUGAAGAUAUCGAAAAAAUUAAAUAUACAAACGAAAAAAAAAAACACAAAAGAUUGAAAAACCCAAAGAAAAAUUUAGAUUCUCUAUAUAAUCUCACUAGGCAAUUAAGAUGAACAAAUAUAGAAUUAUAUACUGCCCUGAUUCUUGUAAUUUAAGACUUAGUUUAAG